AUUAGUGCAGCGCCUCCGCCGCGGAAGGCCCGGGGGCCAGCCCUAUAUGCGGCGCGUCUUAGGGAGGCCCAGGCCAGCGCCUGCAAGUCGGGUGCACGGCUAGGGGGCGGCUCGGAAGCCCUAGCGGAAGGCAGCGAGGGGCGCGUGGGGCCGUGGAGUCACGAAGCUGGGCGACAGGAAGGGCGGCUCGGAGCUCCCGCGGGACACAGCGCGUGCGUGAGGGCGGCCGGCGGGGCUGCCCGGCGCGGGUGUCCCGGCGAUGUGUGGCGCUGAAGCGGUGGCGGGAGCAGCGGCGGCGAGCUCUGCUUCGGCUUCGGCUUCGCUGCGGUGCAGGCGGCGGAGGCGGAGACGCAGGCUCCUCCUUAGGACCUGGCGAGCCCGGGCCUAAGCGGCGGCCCCGCGAGGCCCCUGCACAGCGCCACAGGUCGAGGCCCUCCCCGCCUCGCCCUACCCCGGGAGCCUGCCUCCCCUGCCGGGGAUGAGGCUAGGAGGCGGCCGCGCGGGGCCCAGCACAAAGGCUUGUCCCCAGGGGCCGCCGCCUCCGCCGCUGCUGCUGCCGCCAGCUUAGAGCCACCCGCCGAAGCAGAGCCGGCACCAGGGCCCUCAUCCCCACCGGUCCCCAGGGGAGGCUGCUGCCCGUCGCCCCGAGGCCCAGGGGCCGGAGUGCCGAGCCCUUUGCUCCCUCGGCCUCGCGGGGACAGGGCGGCUGAGCAGCCUCCGCCUUUCGCGGCUGCGGGGGCCUCACGGAGCAUGUCGGAGGAAAGCGACAUGGAGAAAGCCAUCAAGGAAACUUCCAUUUUAGAAGAAUACAAUAUCAAUUGGACUCAGAAGCUGGGAGCUGGAAUUAGUGGUCCAGUUAGAGUCUGUGUGAAGAAAUCUACCCAAGAACGGUUUGCACUGAAAAUUCUUCUUGAUCGUCCAAAAGCUAGAAACGAGGUACGUCUACACAUGAUGUGUGCCACACACCCAAACAUAGUUCAGAUUAUUGAAGUGUUUGCUAACAGUGUCCAGUUUCCUCAUGAGUCCAGCCCUAGGGCCCGACUCUUAAUUGUAAUGGAGAUGAUGGAAGGGGGAGAGCUAUUUCACAGAAUCAGCCAGCACCGGCACUUUACAGAGAAGCAAGCCAGCCAAGUAACAAAGCAGAUAGCUUUGGCUCUGCGGCACUGUCAUUUGUUAAACAUCGCGCACAGAGACCUCAAGCCUGAAAAUCUGCUUUUUAAGGACAACUCUUUGGAUGCACCAGUGAAGUUGUGUGACUUUGGAUUUGCCAAAAUUGACCAAGGUGACUUGAUGACACCCCAGUUCACCCCUUAUUAUGUAGCACCACAGGUACUGGAGGCGCAAAGAAGGCAUCAGAAGGAGAAAUCUGGCAUCAUACCUACCUCACCGACGCCCUACACUUACAACAAGAGCUGUGACUUGUGGUCCCUAGGGGUGAUUAUCUAUGUGAUGCUGUGCGGAUAUCCUCCUUUUUACUCCAAACACCACAGCCGGACUAUCCCAAAGGAUAUGCGGAGAAAGAUCAUGACAGGCAGUUUUGAGUUCCCAGAGGAAGAGUGGAGUCAGAUCUCAGAGAUGGCCAAAGACGUUGUAAGGAAGCUCCUGAAGGUCAAACCGGAGGAGAGACUCACCAUUGAGGGAGUGCUGGACCACCCCUGGCUCAAUUCCACUGAGGCCCUGGAUAAUGUGCUGCCUUCUGCUCAGCUGAUGAUGGACAAGGCAGUGGUUGCAGGAAUCCAGCAGGCACAUGCGGAACAGCUGGCCAAUAUGAGGAUUCAGGAUCUGAAAGUCAGCCUCAAACCCCUGCACUCAGUGAACAACCCCAUUCUGCGGAAGAGGAAGUUACUUGGCACCAAGCCAAAGGACAGUGUCUAUAUCCACGACCAUGAGAAUGGAGCUGAGGAUUCCAAUGUUGCCUUGGAAAAACUCCGAGAUGUGAUUGCUCAGUGUAUUCUCCCCCAGGCUGGAGAGAAUGAAGAUGAGAAACUGAAUGAAGUAAUGCAGGAGGCUUGGAAGUAUAACCGGGAAUGCAAACUCCUAAGAGAUACUCUGCAAAGCUUCAGCUGGAAUGGUCGUGGAUUCACAGAUAAAGUAGAUCGACUAAAACUGGCAGAAAUUGUGAAGCAGGUGAUAGAAGAGCAAACUACGUCCCAUGAAUCCCAAUAAUGACAGCUUCAAACUUUGUUUUUUGUAACAAUUUGAAAAAUUAUUCUUUAAUGUAUAAAGUAAUUUUAUGUAAAUUAAUAAAUCAUAAUUUCAUUUCCACAUUUAUUAAAGUUGCUGUAUAGAUUGAAGGUGCAGGACUUAGUAUAGUUAUUGUUUGUUUUUAAGAAAAGCUCAGUUCCUAGCGAUAUACUAUUUAGGACUGUGUAGUCAUAUAUUUGUGAGAUGACAGAUGAUGCUGUCAAGCAAUAUUGUUUUAUUUGUAAUAAAGUAUACAAAAACCACUUGCCAGCAGAAGAUAAAGGACUGACUAUACUGACCUUUCCGAUUAGUAAACAGUUGAAUCAAGGA